AUGGGCAGCCCUGCACCGGCGACUGUCGGCGACUAUGCCGUGACGUUUGGCAUGCCGCCGUUGCAACCCCCUCUGGGUGAUCCAGCAGAUGACGAGGGGCAGGAGAGUGUGGGCACGGGUGGGUACAUCAGUAUACCAGUCAAAUAUUGGUGGCCUACCGUGGAUUGUGCAAUUACCCCGGUUGUCGGUUACCGUUUCAAAACAGUAGCAGAAGGGGUGCAUUUCUAUAUGACCUAUGCGAGAACAUGUGGUUUCUCUGUGAGGCACGGCACACCAAAGCGAGGCCGUGAUGGCAAAAUUACCACGCGUUAUUUGUUAUGCAGCCGGGAAGGCGUAAAAGGCGGCGGUAGGAGCACCCCAAAACCAGUAGAGGGUGCCAGUGGUGGUCCGAGCACUCAACGCAGGAGACGAGUAUCUAACAGGGUUAACUGCAAUGCUCGAAUCUGCAUCACACAGGACAAAGGCUUCCGGUUAUACAAGGAAUCGGUGGGGUCGUUCGCCAACGUUGGUGCAACAGACACGGAGUUCCAUAAUUUCAAACGGGACCUCCAGUCGUACGUUGCCGAUAAGGAUAGAGAGAUGAUCAUUGCAAAGUUUAAACAAAAACAUGACGUCUGCGAGAACUUUUUCUUUGAUUACUAUCUUGAUGAAGGAAACCAUCUUGCGCGUCUUUUUUGGGCUGACCACACCGGGCGUCAAAAUUUUUUGAGUUUUGGUGAUGUGAUUUCUUUUGAUGCAACGUAUGGUACGAACAGGUACAGUUUGGUGUUCAUACCUUUUACCGGUGUAGACCACCACAAACGGUGCAUUACGUUUGCUGGCGGGUUGCUAACUCGAGAAGACACUGACUCAUACGUGUGGCUUCUCGAGGGAUUUAAAACAGCAAUGGGAAAUAGUCCCUCGUGUGUCGUUACUGAUGAAGAUCCGGCUAUGAAGAGUGCUAUUGCACGAGUACUGCCAGAGUGCCGUCACCGUUACUGCACGUGGCAUAUCAUGACCAAAGUGAGUGAGAAGUCAGGCCCCGAAUUAUCAAAAGAUCAGACUUUCCGCAAACAGCUUAACAACAUUGUGUGGAAUGAGACAAUUAGCAUUGGUGAUUUUGAAACACAAUGGCAGUUGCUAAUGGAAAAGUACAACUUAACGGGGCAUCGAUGGUUUACCAAGUUAUACACAGAACGGUGGUUUUGGAUUCCUUCAUAUUUUUUAGAUUUACUGAUGAGAGGUGUUCUACGUACCACCUCGCAUUCAGAAGCAGAGAACAAUGCGUACGGUAAAAGCACACGCCCACAUUGUAGUCUGGUCGAGUUCUACGUGCAAUUUGAGAGCGUCUUGGAAACUCAAUGGCACAGACAAAGUAAAUUAAAUGCUGAGAGUGAGGGGUCCUUGCCUGAGUUCAAAACUCCUUUAGCAUUGGAGCGACACACGGUGCAGGUAUUCACCGUAACAGUGUUUUAUGAGCUCCAGCUAGAGAUCGAAGCUGCAUAUUUUUAUUGUCGGGUUGUGGGGAUCCGUGCAGACGGUGAGUGCAUCCGUUACGACAUUAAAGGGGAGUACAACGCUGUCCAUACUGUUGAAUAUACCCCGUCUUUGAGUAUUGCGUCAUGUAGCUGCAAGUUGUUUGAAAGAUUGAGGUUUGUUUGCCAGCAUAUGUUUCUUGUGUUCAGAGAUGCCGAAAUGGUGAGCUUGCCAUCACGGUACAUUGCAGCACGGUGGUGUAAGCAGGAAGGACUAGCUAGCUGGUGUGCUCGAUGUUCUGACUGCCCUCCUUUAGAAACUAUGCCUAGCCAGUUGUGGACUGAGAUACACAAUUGCGCCGUGAUGGUUGGAAGCAAUAAAGUGCGCCAAACGCGAAUGCUACAGGUAAUAAAAGAAUUGAGAGACGAGUUUUUGGGCGAUGGUAUGGGCGUUGACCUCCCAAAAGGAAACGAUGUUGUCAUUGCAGCUUUGUGCGGUGUGGAGCCGCCGAUGUCCAUAAUCAUCAAACCGCCAUCUCAAGCAAAAAACAAAGGGACCAGCAAGCGAAUUAAAAGCCAACGCGAGUUAGCUAUUGAGAGAAGUGGCAAGGCUUGCAGAAAGUGCGGGGUGUGCGGCGAGUACACACAUCAUAACGCCCGCAGCUGUCCGUUGAAGUGA